AUGAUUAACAACAGACCUAUAGUAGUUAAACAAUGGACUGCCAACUUUGAUUUUGAUGAGGAAGAUCUAAAGAAUAUACCAAUAUGGGUGAAGCUACCAAAUCUGCCAUUGAGCUGUUGGAGUGCAAAGACACUGAGCAAAAUUGGGAGUGGUCUAGGCCAGCCCAUAUAUGCUGAUGCUUGCACUUCAAACAUUGACAGGAUUUCAUAUGCAAGAAUUCUAGUGGAGAUAGAUGUCACUAAAGAGCUCCCAAAAAGUGUUAAAGUGAAAGAUCCUAAAGGGAGAAUAAUGGUACAAGAACUGUGGUAUGAUUGGAAGCCUAGCUACUGUGCAAAAUGUAUGAGAAUAGGACAUAAUUUUCAGCAGCAGCAGCAGAACAAAGGGAUACCAGACAUGAGGAAUGGGCAACAGCAGCAAAGAACACUACAAGAAGGGAAAGCAAUAGUGAAUAAGCAGGAAGUAGGAAGUGACAAAACAGAAGCAAGUGAAGAACAAUGGCAACAAGUGAAAAGCAAGUCAGCAGCAAAAGGGCAAAAAGCAUUGCUACCUGAACAACAAUUACAGACAGUUAAUGGAUUUAACAGCUUAAGAGAGACAAGCCAGGAUCAUACUAGGAAAAGGAAUGAAGAAUGCAGCACAAGGUUUAAUAAAGUGUUCAAGCUCAAGGAGUUAAAGGAGUUUGUGAAGAUAAAUAAAGUUGAGAUUAUAGCAAUUUAUGAACAUAGAGUUAGUGAAUCAAAGGCUGAGAAGAUAAUUACAAAAACAUUACCUGGAUGGAAAUGGUGCCAUAAUGUUUCAAGCACAUGUAAAGGGAGAAUAUGGGUGAUUUGGAAUUCAAAUAGAUUGCAGUUCACAAUGACUGGCAGUCAUGUACAAAUGAUUCAUGGGGUUGUAAAGAGUAGUACUAGCAAAACUGAGUUUCAGUUUUCUGCAGUAUAUGGACUGCAUAGUAUUAAUGAUAGGAAAGCAUUAUGGGACACAAUAAGAUCCAUAGAAAAGCAAAUCAAGGAACCAUGGUUACUAAUGGGAGACUUUAACUCAAUCCUAGGAGCUGAUGGUAGAAUACAAGGCAGGGAGGUGCAGGAUAAUGAAACAAAGGACUUUAGAGAAGUAGUUGAAGAUUACAGCUAG